AUGCAAGUCAGGAUAACCGAGCUAAAUGAGGACUUGCAAAGUCUUCGCAAAGAGAACAGAAGGAAAGAGAAGACCAUUGAAAGUCUGAAAAAGGAAAGCGAGCAGAAGACCUUCAAGAUCAGCGACUUAGAGGACGAGUUACAAGUCCUUGUCGCUGAGAAACAGAUGGCCCAAGAAAAUGUGAAACAGCUCCACAAAUGUAAAGCCGAAUUAGUUGAGAAAAAGGAAGAACUGGAAAAGCUGAAAGAGGAGAACUUGCAGAAAGAUAGAGAGCUCCUCCGACUGGAAAAUGAGUGCACCCUCAAGCAAAUGGAAGUCAUCCGUUUGCAGAAAGCAUCUCAAACUGUUGUAGCAGAAAACCCGACGGCAAAUGGAAAGCUGAAUGAAACAAGAAGAAGGAAAGUUCAACUUGAAUUUGAAUUGGCUGAAGUGAAGGAGGAAUUAGAGAUGACGGAGUUUGAAAAGAUGGAGGCAAUCUUGGAACUCGAAAGCCUCCAGGAGGAGACCUUGGCCAAGGACACGAAGAUCAGAGGCUUGGAAACUAAAGUAAAAAGGCUAACAGAAGAGGAGCGUCAAGGAAUGAAGGCUCCUAUAUCUGAGAGGAAAGAUUCGGAUAAAGCUCGAUGUCUGAGGAAACCCCAGAUCAACUGCGAAGCUCUCUCCCGACAAAUGGACAGCCUCGAAGAAAAACUUCGCCAAAUCAAGGGAUCUGCAGCCAACCUCUGA